AUGCGUCCCGCUGCUAUUGUUGCUGAUGAAAUGUUUCCGGAAGGCGCUGGGUCAUACAUGGACAUGGAAGAAGCCGGGGGAUCCACAGCACUGCUGAUGGAUUUAGCAGCCAACGAGAAAGCUGUGCACUCAGAUUUCUUUAAUGAUUUCGAUGACCUGUUUGAUGAUGAAGACCUUUCCUGA